AUGGAACACCACCGACAAGCCGUGCGCCUAGUCUCCGCAACAGUGCGCUCGUUGUUCGAGCGGUCGGAGCCGUACCGCAUCUGGCACGGCAGCACGAACUCGACGCGGCCGCCGCACCAAAAAGCCGGCGUUCGCGUCGUCGACAUCAGCGGCCUACGCAAUGUCCUCUCGGUAGACGCGGCCGCGCGCACCGCCUUGGUAGAGCCAAACGUCCCCAUGGACCGGCUCGUCGAGUCCACGCUGCCGCACGGCCUCGUGCCUCCCAUCGUCAUGGAGUUCCCGGGAAUCACCGCGGGGGCGGGUUCGCGGGCACCGCCGGCGAGAGCAGUAGUUUCCGCCACGGGUACUUUGACGAGACGGUCCGGUCCGUGGAGAUGGUUCUCCCGGACGGGGAGGUCGUUACCGCGCGUCCGGACAAGGGGGACGAACGGACGAGUAGCGUGGAGGAGGCGGUUAGCGCGAUUCGGGAGGUGUGCUGCUGAGAAGGGGAAUGAUUACGUCGAUGGGAUUUUGUUCUCGAAAGACCAUGGUGUUAUUGUGAGUGGGAAGAUGACGGAUGACUUGCCGUCCGAGGACGAGCGCGUGCAGACGUUUAGUCACCCGCGGGACCCGUGGUUUUACUUGCACGUACAGGAUAUCACCAAGACCUUAUCCUCCUCCUCCUCCUCACCCGAAAGCUCUUCAUCCGAAAGCACAGUAACCGAGUAUAUCCCAUUAUCCGAAUACCUCUUCCGAUACGACCGUGGUGGGUUCUGGGUUGGCAAAGCUGCCUUCGAUUUCUUCAAUCCUGUGCCCUUCAACCGGUUCUUCCGGUGGUUCCUAGACGACUUCAUGCACACGCGGAUGCUGUACCGCGCACUCCACGGCAGCGGCGAAAGCGCGCGCUUCAUCGUGCAAGACGUCGGCAUGCCGUACGAGUCCGCCGAGCCCUUCAUCAACUACGUGUCGGACGAGCUAGCCAUUUGGCCGCUAUGGCUGUGUCCGCUAAAGACGCCUUCCGGCCCGAGUUUCCACCCCCACCUACGAGACGGAGGGAAAGGGAAAGAAAAAGCGGCACACGGCGAAAUGCUCAACAUCGGCGUCUGGGGCUGGGGCCCCUCAGACCGCAACUUGUUCAUCCGGGCGAACCGCGCCCUGGAGCGCCGCAUCGACGAGCUCGGCGGCACCAAGUGGCUGUACGCACACACGUACUACCCGCCAUCCGAAUUCUGGCGCGUCUACGGGUCCGCCCAGCAGAAGCAAUACGAGGCGCUACGGCAGAAAUACCUCGCUACGAGUCUCCCCAACGUCUACGACAAAGUCAGCGUGAAAGUCGACAACGACGACGCGGUGCUGCGGGGGUGGAAGCCCUGGCUCAAAGCCCUGUGGCCGAUCGGUGGGCUCUGGGGGAUCUGGAAGGCGAUCCAGAGCAAAGACUACUUGCUGCAUCGACGGGCGACGUGGAAGUGGACGGGAGAAGCCGGCGAGGCUAAGACGGGGAAGGCAAAGUCGACGUAG